AUGAAGCUGACCAUAGGCUUCAUAGUUAUUUGUGCUACAUUGUACGCAGGGACGGCUAACAAAUGUCCAGAAAUCGCCGACGCCAUCGUAGACACACCGCCUGAAGAUGGAAUCCUUGGACAAGUGCUAAAGAUGUUGCAGGCCAGGUCUGACGUUGACCGUAGGUUGUUGGAGCUUCAUGUUGAACUGAAGGAGCAGCUCGAUGAAGUCGGUAGGAACAUCAGUUUGCUCCAGGAUCGUUUCAAAUCGGAUUGUGUCAGGCCAACUCCGCCAUCUACCGAGAUCACCCAGACAACACGGAAGCCUAAGGUACCAGCAUCGUGCAAGAAAGUGCCGUCGAACGUCUCCGGGGUGUAUCUCAUCCACGUUGGUAACAUCGACGCCCCAUUCCAAGUUUACUGUGAGAUGGAAAAGUUUGGUGGCGGUUGGCUGGUAGUGCAGCAUCGUUUUAACGGCUCGGUCGAUUUUUAUCGUACCUGGGAGCAAUACCGCGAGGGAUUUGGAGACCUCAACGGUGAGUUCUGGCUAGGGCUAGAAAAGAUGCACCAGAUCACCAAGUCGCGUAACCACGAAUUGAUAGUGGAGAUAAAAGAUUUCAGCGGCGACUACGGGCAUGCAUGCUACAACGGGUUCCGCAUAGGUAGCGAGAGAUAA